UGCCAAUGCGCUAUGGAGACAAGACAGUUUCACCAGUUCAUAUAGAUAAACUCUACAACAACAGAUGGAACAGGGGACCAAGAGGGGAACACUGGUCCAGGGAUCAGAUAUGGUGUGAGGGAUCAGGCCCUGAGAGAGGGCGUGGCAGACCUGAAGACAGCGAGAGAGACAGCUCUCUUCUGACCAGAAGAACCUCCACUCUAAAAGCUCCACCCUCUAGUGUCACGCUGGCUGCGAAAAAACAAGAUGGCGACAGCCUAAAUGCAGAACUCUUGGUCUACAAACCAAUGGGUGAGGUCACGGUGACUACGUCCACUUCCUAUAUACAGUCUACGGCAACAUUGAGAGCGACGAAGACAAAGAGAAGCAAGGCAACAAAAACCCAUCUGCCGGCCCCGCCACCUUCCAGCGACUCAUUUGAAGAUUGGUGCCAGCUGAACCACCGCCCAGGAGAGGGAGGAGGAGAUGGCCACGCCUCCACGGCCCAGGAGAGGGAGGAGGAGAUGGCCACGCCUCGACCGCCCAGGAGAGGGAGGAGGAGAUGGCCACGCCUCCACCGCCCAGGAGAGGGAGGAGGAGAUGGCCACGCCUCCACCGCCCAGGAGAGGGAGGAGGAGAUGGCCACGCCUCCACCGCCCAGGACAGGGAGGAGGAGAUGGCCACGCCUCCACCGCCCAGGAGAAAAAGGAGGAGAUGGCCACGCCUCCACCGCCCAGGAGAAAAAGGAGGAGAUGGCCACGCCUCCUUACCCACAGACAGACUGA